UGUGUGAGUGUGCCAGAACCCCAGCUCAGGAUAACGGUGCGCCCGGGACGUCCCAGCCCAGAGAACCUCUAGCAGUAGCGCGUGCUUGCUUUCCUGUGUCUUCUUGAAGCAGUGAAGUUACAGGAUGAAGACUGUGUUCUUGCUAUGCUGUUUUCUCGUGGCUGCACAAGCCUGGCCGAGCAGUUUCUGGCGCCGUUUUCAGGAUGAGUUCGAGUACCCCACACCGGACCCGGAACGUCCCAGCAUCUUCUCACCAGGAGCGGGGUUCAGCCCGUUCGGUCAGAGCUUCUGGGAUAGGAUGUCAGCUCUCUUCACCCAGACAUGGAGUGAGAUGUUCUCAGGACUCGGCGGUUUCCCCGGCUUGGACCGAAACUCUACGGACGAUAUCUUUGAUGGUGCUAGUGUUUUCGUUCACACAAGCGCCGGAUCGUUCGGCUGUAGCUAUGACUGGGACAACCUGAGGCCAAACUGUACUGGCAAUGCUACCUCCACCGUCACUGUCCAGUCCACCAAGUGUGUAUGGGAGGCGGGAACCUACAACUGCACCACCUUCCGGAAACAAGACGGCAGGGAGGAGACCACGCAGGUGUCCGGGAACUGUACCGUAGAGGACGGAGUGCGCACCUGUCCUGGGGCACCUGUCCAGCCCACGGACUUCGGCCUGGUCAAGGUGCUGGACCGCCACGUGCCGGACUGCCUGUUCAGGCCACUACAGAUUGCCGUUUUCUGUCCCGACUCUGAUGAUCCGGUGACCGAGGAUUCCCUGGACUGUGACGACAGCGGCCUGAUGUUGGACUACCACUGCCGAGGGCGCCAGCCGCAUCCCGAGGCCGGGGAGCCCGAGGGACAGGAUGCCGAGAUCACGUGGGUGGAGGGGGCGGUGGAGAGACCCAAGGGCGAAACAGACGUGUCGGAGCCGUUCCCCGUCAAAGUUUAUGAGGAGAAGGUGCGCUGCAAAGUUGGCGAGGACGACGUCGUCAUCUGCUCGCGCUCCCAGAAGAAGUUUGAUGACGAGGACGUGCUGCAGCGUGACCAGCCGGACAAACCCUGCAAAUGGGACGGGUCCAACGAUGUCUUCUCCUGCUAGGUCUGCUCAGAGCUCUCGCUCCGAGUCAUAGACUCAAACACUUCCGUUUUCCGUGUGAUAAUACUACAUCAUUAUUAGGAGUAUGAGAUGAUCAGGAUAGACUUUAUGGCAUUCAUGGAAUACCCAAUAACCAGUCACUAUAUUCUCCUAGCAGAUGUUUUGGGGCUAGUAUUUUUCAUAUUCAAUCUCCAAACAUAGUUCGUAUUGGGCUGACUGGAUAGCCUACUGUUUGCUUGCAGUUAUAAUCAGUCACUUUUAUGUUUCGUGCAGGCUAAGAUAGGUAAUUUUGAAGAUUGUAUCCAUAAAUGCGGAGUCAGUCCUGUUUGAUUUUUUACGUAAUCGUCAGUGCUAAAUGAUUGUAAAAAAGAAAAAAAAGAGGUGAUACUCGUACAGUGAAGAGAUAGGAAUGUAUUGGUUUGUGUCAGAUUCUUUUAUCAGCGUUUCUGAAGAAUUAUAAAACUGAUUGAAAUCAUACUAAGUCAAGUUCGGAAUACAUGUUGAAUACGCUGUGAAAGCUCGAAUGUAUGGAAAAACACAAGGAAUAGAUGGUUUGAUGAAGUUUUGUUGAUAUACUUUCAAAGUUUGUGUUUGAGUAAAAUUGACAAUGGUAUAUGCAAACAGCUAAUGUCGAUUCGUAUAUAUGUGUGCAUUCUUUUAUAGUGGCAAUUGGAAGUUUAUGUUCAAAUCAAAUGAAUGAAUGGUUGACAACGCCAUUAAAACUUUACAACACAAUGACAAUUAUUAAUAAAGUUUGCAGUAGAAUGCAAUAUCAAUAAAGUGAUAUAAAAUAAAAAUCGAUAGCAAACGAG